UCGUUAUCACUUAUCACUUAUCAACACCAACAAGCAGACAAGCAGCAGCUGAGGGUGUUGGUGUUAUCGAGUGAGUUUGUACUAUUUGAAACAUCAAACGCAACGCAAUAAAUAUUAGAGCGAACGUUUUUAAAUUGAAACGGAUGCUGUUAAUUUCUAAAAACACACCUCAUCUUGGUGGUUGUGAAUUGUGAUGGUUGCUGUACCGUGUACCUGCACGUCCACACAUUCAGACUGUGUCGAAUAUUUUGAAAGAGGAUAUAUACUCGUAGAAAUUUGAGACCUAAUGGAUCAUUAAAUAUGAUAAUGGAAAACCAGAAAGUAUGGGUUUCGGACCCAGUCGAAGGCUUCGUUAUGGGACGCAUCGUAGAUAUAAAAGUGGACCAAGUUGUAGUUCAGCCACUCAAUUCUAGCAGAUCUGCCAUAAGCUGCGAGCUGGAUCGCGCCUAUCCGGCCGAGGAAUAUGACAGCAAAGAUGUCGAUGAUAAUUGCGCUCUAAUGCAUUUGAACGAAGCCACACUGUUGAACAAUGUAAGACUGCGAUAUCAGAAAGACAAAAUUUACACGUAUGUUGCGAAUAUUUUGAUCGCCGUAAAUCCAUAUUUUGAAGUUAAAAAUCUGUACACUCAAUCGACGAUGCGUUCGUAUCAAGGCAAAUCCCUGGGCGUUUUACCUCCUCAUGUCUUUGCCAUAGCGGAUAAGGCGUUUCGCGAUAUGAAAGUAUUGAAGCAGUCUCAGUCGAUUAUCGUAUCAGGAGAGUCUGGAGCCGGUAAAACCGAAUCUACCAAAUACCUAUUGAAAUAUUUAUGCGACUUGUGGGGCUCGGCGGCUGGACCUAUCGAGCAGAAAAUUCUGGAUGCUAAUCCGGUGUUAGAAGCUUUCGGAAAUGCCAAAACAACUCGUAACAACAAUUCGUCCAGAUUUGGAAAAUUUAUGGAAAUACAUUUCGACAGUCGUUAUUGCGUCGUCGGUGGUUACAUAUCGCAUUAUUUGCUGGAGAAAUCGCGUAUUUGCGUGCAAAGCUCCGAAGAGAGGAACUAUCAUUUUUUCUAUUUACUUUGCGCCGGAGCGCCGCAGCAUUUGCGAGAAGAAUUGCAAAUCACAAAUCCGGACCAUUUCAAUUACCUGAGAAAAGGGUGUACUCAAUACUUCACUAAAAACGCCACCGAAAAAACGUUGCAAGCUGAUCAAAUUAGCGCAAAUCAUAAGAAAAAGGGCAAUUUGAAAGAUCCGCUUUUGGACGAUGUGAUUGAUUUUCAAAACGUGGACAGAGCUUUGAGUAGCAUCGAAUUAUCGGAAGUAGAAAAAUACCAUAUCUAUUGCUUAGUGGCAGCUGUGCUGCACUUGGGCAAUAUCGAAUUCGAAGAAAAUACCGAUAACAAUAAAGGCGGAUCGAAAGUUUCGGACGAGAGUGAAAAAUGGUUGAAAAUAGCCUCCCAACUGUUGUCGGUAGACUGUGACGAAUUAAGGCAAGCUUUGCUCACCAAAGUCAUGAUGACAAAUCGAGGAGGUGUCAAAGGAACCAUCAUAAUGGUGCCGCUAAAAGUGUACGAAGCGAAUAACGCUAGAGAUGCUUUAGCCAAAUCAAUCUACAGUCGAUUAUUCGAUCAUAUCGUGAAAAGAAUUAAUGAAAGUAUUCCGUUCAAAGCGUCUAGUUAUUACAUCGGUGUUUUGGACAUCGCCGGUUUUGAAUACUUCACUACCAACAGUUUCGAGCAGUUCUGUAUUAAUUAUUGCAACGAAAAGUUGCAACAAUUUUUCAACGAACGUAUUCUCAAAGACGAACAAGAGCUGUAUGAAAGGGAAAGUUUACAAGUGCGAAAGAUUCAAUUUGUUGAUAAUCAAGACUGUAUAGAUUUAAUCGAAGCUAAAAGCACGGGAAUCUUCAGCUUGUUGGAUGAAGAAUCGAAAUUACCUAAACAUAGCGCCGAACACUUUACUAACGAAGUGCAUCGUCAGUGGAAUGGCCAUUUUAGAUUGAGCAUUCCGCGUAACUCAAAACUCAAGAUACACAGGGAAUUACGAGACAACGAAGGGUUCCUGGUUAGACAUUUUGCCGGCGCUGUAUGUUAUAAAACGGACCAAUUCAUUGAAAAAAAUAACGACGCACUUCACGCGAAUUUGGAAGGCUUGAUUUUGGAAAGUAAUAACGCAUUUGUGCGAGCGUUGUUUGAAAACAGCAGCGACCUCAGUACCACCCUCAACAAGGGCAAGUUGACUUUCAUCAGCGUCGGUUCAAAAUUCCGUACUCAGCUUUCCGAAUUGAUGGAAAAAUUGAAAAGCACCGGUACCAAUUUUGUAAGGUGUAUCAAACCAAAUCACAAAAUGGUGGAUCAUUGUUUCGAAGGUGGUUCGAUUUUGUCGCAAUUACAAUGCUCGGGAAUGACUAGUGUUUUGGAACUAAUGCAACAGGGAUAUCCAUCCAGGUGUCCUUUUAACGAGUUAUACAAAAUGUAUCAAAAGCUGAUGCCUUCUAAAUUGGCGAGAUUGGACAGUAGUCUGUUUUGUAAGGCGUUAUUUCGAGCUAUCGGUAUGAGUGAAAAAGAUUAUAAAUUUGGCGUCAGCAAAGUAUUCUUCAGACCUGGCAAGUUUUCUGAAUUUGACGCCAUAAUGCGCGCAGAUCCGGAAAAUCUGGCCAGCAUGAUUUCCAAAGUUGAAAAAUGGUUGAUCAUGUCUCGUUGGAAAAAAAUGCAAUGGUGUUCGUUGAUGGUAAUUAAAUUGAAAAACAAGAUACUGUAUCGACGAAGUUGCCUAAUCACAAUCCAAAAGAAUGUUAGAAUGCACUUGGCGAAAAAAAAGCAUAGGCAUCGUUACAGAGGAGUAAUAAAGAUGAACAGUUUAAAAUCUAUUUUAAACAAAAUGAAACCAUUAAUCACCCAGUUAAAAGAAGGAGAAAAUAGUUUCGUAGAGAAUAUGAACCAGCUGCAGUUGAAUUUCGAUGCCAGUAUUAUAAAAAUCAAGCACAAUGAAGACAUCAGUGCCGAUGAAAUUGAUAAAAUGUACGCAAAUUUAAUGAAUGAAGCGAAUAAGCAACUGGGGGAAUUGCAACAAAAAGUUGCCAAACAAAAGAGCGCGGAAGAACAGCUCCGCAUUCAAAAAUUGCAACAAGACAUGGAAAUUGAACGAAAAAGAAAAGUAGAAGAAGAAAGGAGGAAAAAGGAAACUCAAGAUUUGAAAAAACAGAAAAUAGAGAUUGAAAUCAGAAGGAAAGCUGAAGAACGAGAGCAAGAGAAACAAAUGUUGGAAAUGCCCUCAACUACGAAUCCCCUUCAAUUUCAGAUUGAAGAAGAGCAGAAAAAAAUUGAAAAACGUUUGAGAGAAAAAUUAGAGCAAGAACGCAGGGAUCACGAAUUGGCAUUGAGAUUGGCCUGUGAAACAAAUAGUGCACUCGAUGAUGCGCAGCCCUCUGUUACUAGUAUUAAAGAAGAGCCUAGUCUGAAUCAGUUACUCGCUGGGUCCAACGAAGACGGCAAAUAUAACUUAUCUAAGUGGAAAUAUUCGCAGUUACGUGACAUUAUCAACACAUCGUGUGACAUAGAACUUCUCGAGGCUUGCAAAGCUGAAUUCCAUCGUAGGCUGAAAGUAUACCACGCGUGGAAGGCGAAAAAUAACAAACGAAGCGUAUUGGAUGAAAAUGACAGAGUACCCCGUUCUAUUUUAGAAGAAGCUAAUAAACCAAAAACUGGUAUGAAAAAAUACGAAGCAGAUAUAAAUUCGCAAAGAUACUUCAGAAUACCAUUUGUAAGACCGGCUAGCAGCAAUUCAGCCGCCAAUGGUAUCGCAGAUCUUAAUACCAAAAAAGGAAUGUGGUACGCUCAUUUUGAUGGUCAAUAUGUAGCUCGUCAAAUGGAACUACACCCGGAGAAACCACCAAUUCUAUUGAUAGCCGGUAAAGACGAUAUGCAAAUGUGCGAACUAAGUCUAGAUGAAACUGGAUUAACGCGUAAACGAGGAGCUGAAAUUGUCGAAAGCGAAUUUGAAAAAGAGUGGAAACGACAUCACGGCCCUCCGUACGUGCGUUCGGGUAAUCCGAAUUCAGUAGGCACUAGUGCUAGUGCUAUAGAUCAGCGUAAUGGUAAUUUGUAUCGUCUCGGUAAUGGUAAAACAUCUAUCGAUGUUUCCUAACCCUGGUCCCGCAGGUAACUUACUUGACAAACUGUAACGAUUCUCUCAUCUCGUGGCAUUUAUCUAAUCUCGUACAUACCUAUUAUAAGUAGUAAUGUGUUCCUAAAAUAAUUAAUUACGAACCGAUUUUUUUUCUGAUGAAAUAUCAUAUAUCUGCCUUGCCGUGAAAUUUGAGAAAUUUUUGCGCCUGUGUGUACACGAGUGUUCUUUGCUACUACAUGUAGGUACAGGUACAUAUUUUAUGUACGAGUAUCUAAGUUCAUUCUGAUCAAACUAAAAAUGUUUCUUACGAAACGUUAAUUCCAAGUCUUUCAUUUAGUGUUUAUUAUUUCUAUUCCCACUUACAUUCCCAUUUGCGGGUACAUACUCGACACUCGUAUACGCUCAAGUCAUUUUCACGUUGAAUCAAAUUGAAUAGUACAUACUCGUACAUAGGUAAGGUAUGUAGUUACUCGAGACUGAGAGUAUUUUUUACAUACGUUUAAUACGUAGGUGAUGUGAGUCGAGCAGAAAAGAACACGAUGAUUGUUUGCAAAAGUUGAAGGUGAUAUUCUCUGUUCUAAAAUUUGUGCCAUUUCAUAUGACAACUACAGGGCUCGUACUCUGUUUCUUUUCAAGUUUGUUACUUUUUCUACAAUUUUGUUUAUUAUACUCGUGGUUAAUUAUUUUUUAAUUUCCAAAAAUUUGAAAAUUUUCACGCCUAAUCUAAAAAAAAAGUGAAUAUAUUUGCGAAAGUAGGUAUUUGUAGGUUUGUUUACACUUUUUUAUUUUUUUCGCACCGACUACUGUGCAUUUUCAGCAUUCCGGCUACAAAGCACUGUCUUUUGCUAAAAUUCUAAAAGUCUCACUUUUCUGCCAAAAAUCGCAAAAAUCUCAUCUUUGUACCAAAUUUUUAAGUACUUAGUCUCGUUUCUGGCUGAAAAUUGUCAAAUUGUCCGAGAGUCUUGUUUAUUGUCAAAAAAUUCUAGCUUUUUAGCUGCUGAAAAGUCUCACUUUUCAACCUAAAAUUUCAAAAAAUGCUAUUCUUUUGCUAAAAAAAAAAACAUAUUAAAUUGAGUGCUAUUUUCAAAAACUAUCCAAAAGCUUCGUUCCGGUACACUUGUCAGAAAUUACAAAAAGUAUCAAUUUUUGCCGAUAAUUCCCCAAAAAGUCCCGCUUUUUGCUGGAAUUGUUGAAUCGCUUUUGGCUAAAAAUUGUGAAAAAUGCUCGCUUUUUAACAAAAUUUUUAAAGAUAGGUUGUUGUUUCACAAAAAAUUUACAAAAAAUUCCAAAGUCUAAAGUCUCGCUUAGUUUUGCUAAAAAAAAAUUCCAGAAAUUGCAAACAUUUCUAUUUUGUUGACUUAAAUUGUCGAAAAGUUGCGAUUUUUCAUCAAAAAAUUUCGGAAUAGUUCAGCUAAGUAGGUAUUUAAAAUUAAAAACCAGAACAUUCCAUUUUGUAACGUUCCGUUUUGUUGUGCGAAUUUGUUCUACAUUAUAUAAUGCUUUAACGCGUUUUAGGCCUAUUACCUUUUUGGAAAAAAAAUCAGUACGAGCUCUGCAAUUAUUGCGAAUGCGAGUGGGUUUGGUCCCAAAUACAUACGUAGACGUACAACAUAAACCUAGCAAUUGCCCAAUUGGGUUUCAUAACCAUUAUACGCGUACUUGUGUAAUUUGAGCAUAUCUAUACCUACGUAUGCUUCGCAACAUUCCUAUCCUAUAGAUGAUGAUUUAUCAUUCAACACAUCGCUGUGAUUUUAAUCGGAUGGUUUAGAUUUUUUGUUGUUGUUUAUUCGUUUAAUUUUUUUUCAUCAGUAUUGUGAUUAUUUCGAUGUAUAGGAUUAUAAAUCCAAUUCUCGAAAGAAAUAACUUUUAAGUACCUCGGAUAUAGUUAACCAUUUUUUUUUCUUCUCCUAAAUAAAUAAUUACAAGUAAGGUGCAUUCCUCGUGACAGCAACACUGUAAUAACAUUAUUAUAUAAAAGUUUGUAAUCUAUAAUAAUACGUAAUAAGUAAUAACUGUAAAAAUGUAUUACAUUUUUUCAGUUCACAUUUUUGGGAAAUGUGAACUAUAAUUAAUUGGAGUAGGUAUAGGUAUACCGAUCGUUGUUUCGAACAUGUACACAUUUUUGCAAUACAUAAAUAAUAAACAA